GGACUGAGUCAGACGCCGCUGAGGAGGAGGGGGAGGCGGAGUGAUCCCUCCUGCCAGUUAAACCAAGUUCUCCCUGGGACCUAGAGCCCACACUGCUGAAGCGUCGCAGGGGAUGAAGACGCACGGAUUCUGCUCUCUCAUUCUGACUCCGAUUUAAGGAUAUUUAUUAUUUCUUUGCAUUUUUCCUGGGCGAGGCUCUAAUUAACAUUAAAACAAUCCUGACCGCUGGCUUUCUCUGAUCUCCACAUGUCUUUUCCGACCAUUUGUACGAGAAUCGGGUCAUGAUCACAUCGCCCUUGGUGUCUGUUCUGAGAAAUAGCACGAAUCCAGCGUGGGAGAGCGGCUCCUCGGUGGGGGAGAAGGGAGCAGCGAACAUCAGCCGACUGUCCGUCCACCACUGCGUCUCUCCCGCGGAUCCCUUUCGCCAAGCCGGCCGUCUUCCCAUCAAGGUGCUGAAAAUGCUCACCGCUCGGGCAGGACACAUCUUACACCCGGAGUACCUCCAGCCUCUGCCGUCCACUCCAGUUAGUCCCAUCGAGUUGGACGCAAAAAAGAGUCCGCUGGCCCUUUUGGCCCAGACUUGCUCUCAGAUCGGAAAGCCGGACCCCCCGUCCUCUUCCAAGCUUUCCUCCGUGACCUCCAGCGGAUCCAGCGACAAGGAGGCCAAAUCCGGUCCGCUGAAAAUGAGCGACAUCGGAGCCGAGGACAAGUCCAGCUUCAAGCCCUACUCGAAAUCUUCAGAGAAGAAGGACUCGUCGAGCAGCAUCAGUGGAGAUAAAACUGGUUUCCGGGUGCCUAGCGCCACCUGCCAGCCGUUCACGCCCAGGACAGGCAGCCCCAGCUCCUGCACUUCCGUGUCGCCUCUACCAUCGGAGGGGAAAACCGGGGACAAGGAGGAGAAGAAGGAGUCUGAUAGCAAUAAAAACGGCACGACUGAUGGCAGCGGAAGCCAAAGGAUAAAUGGAAUUACCUCUGACGACAGCACAUCUGGACCCAAGGCUGCUACAUCAGACUCCACAUCUGUUACCUCCUCCUCCGUUCUCGGAACCGGACUGGUAGCCCCUGUCUCCCCCUAUAAGCCGGGACACACAGUUUUUCCUUUGCCGCCCGCGAGUAUUUCCUAUCCUGGAAGUUUAGCAGGAGCGUAUGCAGGUUACCCGCAGCAUUUCCUCCCGCCCGGAAUGACCCUGGACCCCACCAAACCCAGCAGCCAGCUGCUGAGCGCGCAGUUCGCGGCCGCCAGCUCGUUGGGGUGCAGUAAAGCGGGGUCGAGCCCCCUGGCUGGAGCUUCUCCUCCGUCUUUAAUGUCCGCCAGCCUGUGCAGAGACCCAUACUGCCUGAGCUACCACUGCACCAGUCAUCUCUCCGGCGCGUCAGGCGCAAACUGCGCGCACGACGCCGCUCUGAAGUCUGGAUACCCGCUCAUGUAUCCAACACACCCCCUGCAUGGUGUGCAUUCCUCAGCCCCGUCUUUCAGCGGACACCCCCUGUACCCUUACGGCUUUAUGUUGCCCAACGACCCCCUGCCGCAUGUUUGCAACUGGGUAUCUGCUAACGGACCCUGCGAUAAGCGCUUCUCUUCCUCAGAGGAGCUUCUUAGCCACCUGCGGACUCACACCUCCUUCGCCGGGACGGAGAAGUUGAUAUCCGGGUACCCGGGCUCCGCCACACUCGCGAACGCGGCUGCAGCAGCUGCCAUGGCCUGUCACAUGCACAUCCCUUCAAACGGCAGUCCAGGCAGCCCCAGUGCGCUGGCCCUCCGGGGCCCCCACCACCCGCUCGGACUCAGCAGCCGCUAUCACCCGUACUCAAAGAGCCCUCUGCCCGCUCCAGGGGCCCCGGUUCCGGUGCCCGCGGCCACAGGGCCUUAUUAUUCCCCGUACGCCCUGUACGGGCAAAGACUGACGACAGCCUCUGCCUUAGGAUACCAGUGAAGUCGGAGAAUUACACAUUUAUAACAGAAUAAUUUAGGCCCAAUGAGUUUUAUAUUGGGACUGAAUCCACGCCGGGAUCAGUGUAUUUAUUUGCGAUAGCUUCAAGCGUGACUAAAAUAAAAAAAAAUAUUAUAAUA